AUGAAAGAGGUAGUAAGAGGAUGGCACUCUGAACGACCGACCUUGUUCCAGCUCUUCGCGAAGCGAAAGACUCGUCAGAAAGCCCCUCCACCAAGGUCAGAAAGCCCCCACCAAGGUCAGAAAGCCCCUCCACCAAGGUCAGAAAGCCCCUCCACCCAGAAAGCCCCUCCACCAAGGUCAGAAAGCCCCUCCACCAAGGUCAGAAAAUCCACCAAGGUCAGAAAGCCCUCCACCAAGGUCAGAAAGCCCCUCCACCAAGGUCAGAAAGCCCCUCCACCAAGGUCAGAAAGCCCCUCCACCAAGGUCAGAAAGCCCCUCCACCAAGGUCAGAAAGCCCCUCCAAGGUCAGAAAAGCCCCUCCACCAAGUCAGAAAGCCCCUCCACCAAGGUAGCCCCUCCUCCACCAAGGUCAGAAAGCCCCCUCCACCAAGGUCAGAAAGCCCCCCACCAAGGUCAGAAAGCCCCUCCACCAAGGUCAGAAAGCCCCUCCACAAGGUCAGAAAGCCCCUCCACCAAGGUCAGAAAGCCCCUCCACCAAGGCAGCUAAAAUACACGAAGACCUAUAUAGCUCCCGGUAACAGGCAAGACGACGAAGAAAACGAUGCAUCACAGAAUGACAUGAAAGACCAGGUGAACUAA